CAAAUGUUUAGUAUCACCCCAAUGCCCAAAUGCCGAACAGCUGGCGGGCUUAUUAUUAUUUAGGGAUGUGAAAGUUUCAUUGUAUUGAGGCUUUUAGGCGUUUCUUGUCUUGGGGUCUAAUCUAAAAUGUUUCCUCCACGCAAUUCCAACUCCAAUAAAUUUCUCUGGGACAUUACCAUCGACACGCAAUCCUGAGAGGAAGAAACGAAAAGAUAACGAUAAUGUUGCUCGCUAGACGACUUCCAGGAAUCUUGUACACGCACAGAUAUACCGUCUAUUCCGUCGGGAUCAUCUUGUCCACUUUUAUUUAUUUCUUGUUCAAAUGGAACUUAUUUUGUGUGAAUCUUCAGGCUUGGCAGCAUGUUAAACGAAUGUGCUCCCUCUACGAACAAGGUCUCGCUAUCGGUUCCCUCUGUGCCCCGCUCUGUGUUUCCAAAGACAUCCACUCACUCACCUGUCAUUCUUUCCAAACAGCAAAAGAAGCAGUUUUCAGUGCAGAAUGGCACAACAUCAAGCUUGUUUUCAAAUCAGUAACAACCGACGUCCAACCGAUCCAUUGGUACGACAAUGGAAUUCUCAAAUAUCCUACCGAAAAAGAGUUCCUAUUAUCGAUAAGAACUAUAGUGAAAAGAAAGUUGAAUUUAACUUUAGCUUAUGAUACCGCUGUACGUUUAGCUAGACUAAAGCCUUCUUAUGAGGAAAAAGAUCCGCUAAAACGCAAACAAGAAAUUGAUAGUUUAUGGUAUUUGUUGCAAGAUAACGAGUAUUUAUUAUCUACUAUUUUUACUGACAAAGAUAUAUUUCCUCAGCUUAUUGGCACUUGCGGUCCAUACUUUGCCGUAGAAUAUUUAGAGCCUGUCCCAUUCACUUCAGCAUUGUUUUCUAUGGGAGAUACUUUAGAAGAAUGGGGACAACGGCUCAAGUUUGCUUUGCAAAUACUAGAAUUAUUGGAUGAUCUUGAAACAAGCUUUAGAGAGCCUUUUCAUCUGUGCGACAUUAAAUUAAACCAUUUUGGUUACAUGAAUAAUAAAAAGAAACUAAAAUUCAUAGAUUUAGAUGAGGCUUUCCCAAGAACCGUUAUUAGUUCCUUAUUUCAGGAAAUCGAUAAUUGUUUAGUGGACGAUGAUUGUGAAUUUCUGGAUUGCCGAUCCACCUGUAAUAAAACCACUAAACAAUGUCGCACAUCUAUUGAAAAUAAUAAUUUUCAAAUUGUGUGUGAGAAAAUUUUCUUAGGCUGGCGUAUGUCCAAUACAAUUCUAGUGCCUGGGCUGUUGAUGUCGCAACAUACUCCCUCCGAACUAGCCUCGAUUUUGAGGCAAUGUGCGAAUCCCGACGGUGUGCCAGGGAAAGUUAGGAAAAUGCCAGACGAUGAAAUUAGGAAGAGGUUGUUUAAUGUGCUUUAUGAAAUGGAACAGUCUCUUAACAAUGAUUUCUUUCUUUAGUGAAAAUUAAUAAAAUUUGUUACUGAUUUAA